AUGGUGCUAGAUAUGGUAUCAUUCCCUGUGAUAACACUGCUGUUUAUUGGUUUUUCACCUGGUCGCCAUCUGCUCAAGUAUGUUAUAAUAACAGAGAAUAGUACACUGCAAGAAGCUGAUCAACUGAAACUGAAGCAAUUUUUGCUGAGUAAACUUGGGAAGGUACCUGACCAAAUAAGGGCUGUGGUAGAAGACACAAAAGUAGAAGAAUUUGUACGCUCUCCACUAGAGUAUAGACCUCCAUGGCAGGUAUUAUUUGGCAACAUAAGCAAAGACAAUGUAUGCGUAACAGGUGAUGCAUGUCAUCCAAUGACACCAGACCUAGGGCAAGGAGGGUGCUCGGCUCUAGAAGAUGGGGUCAUUCUAGGAAGAUGCCUUGCCGAUGUGUUGCUAGAGAAGUCCAGCUGCCAGGAGAAGCAGAAUGAUGAGAAUGAGUAUGAGCGUAUAAAGAGGGGGUUGAACGACUAUGCAAAGAAGAGGAGGUGGAGAGCACUUGAUCUUAUUAGUACAGGUUAUAUGCUGGGUUGGGCACAGGAGUUUGACAGGUUUGGGAUGAGAAUUCUUAGAGAAAAGCUGCUUUCUGCGUAUCUAACUAGGUUUUUUACUAAGAAGGCUGAUAUUGAUCCUGGGCAACUUGUUCUUGAGCACUAA